AUGGUGGAGAAGGGGUUGCUGACACUGGAGGACGUGGCUGUGAGGGUCACCCAGGAGGAGUGGCAGCUACUGGGCCCUGCUCAGAGGAGCAUGUACCAGAACGUGAUGCUGGAGAACUACUGCAGCCUGGUGUCAGUGGGGUAUCAAGCCAGCAAGCUAGAUGCCCUCUCCAAGUUACUGCAUGGAGAACCAUGGAGGGCAGAAGAUGAACUCCAUUGCCAAGCCCUUUCAGAUAUCAGGAAAGCUAAUGAUGAUCUGCCAAAACUUCUUCAAAAUGAAAGCAAUUUACAAAAUGAAAACCUUAUACAUACACUGAAGAAGCUGGAAAAGUGGAAUGAACAUAAUGCAUUUGAAAAUGUUGUCCAACAGAGCAAAACUCAGUUUCUGUUGAGGCAAAAUCAUGACACAGUUAACUUACAUGGAAAAUGUAUGAAGUCACAUUUAACUUCAGUUAACCACAGCAAAAGCUAUGAAAUGAAAAAUCCUGCAGAGUUCCCAAGAAAUGAGGAAUCCUUUUUCCCUAACUUUGAAAAAAUUCACACUGAAAUUCUAUUUCCUGCAAGUCAAAAACUCAUCAGCAUUAAAUCUCAUUUCAGUAGCCCCAAGCAUAAGAAAACUCAAAAAGUAGAGAAACAACAUGUAUGCAGUGAAUGUGGGAAAGCAUUUAUCAAGAAGUCUUGGCUCACUGAUCACCAGAUCAUCCAUACUGGAGAGAAACCACAUAGGUGUAGUCUGUGUGGGAAAGCCUUCUCCAGAAAGUUCAUGUUCACUGAACAUCACAGAACUCAUACAGGAGAAAAACCUUAUACAUGCACUGAAUGUGGCAAAGCCUUUCUCAAGAAAUCACGGCUCAACAUACAUCAGAAAAUUCAUACAGGAGAGAAACAAUAUUUAUGCAAUCAGUGUGGAAAGCGCUUCAUCCAAAAAGGAAAUCUCAUUGCACAUCAGCGAAUUCAUACAAGUGAGAAGCCUUAUAUUUGCAGUGAAUGUGGGAAAGGCUUUAUCCAGAAGACCUGUCUCAUAGCACAUCAGAGAUUUCAUACCGGGAAGACUCCCUUCGUGUGCAGUGAAUGUGGAAAAUCCUGCUCACAGAAAUCUAGUCUCAUUAAACAUCAAAGGAUUCACACGGGAGAGAAACCCUUUGAAUGCAGUGACUGUCGGAAAGUCUUCACCACAAAGCAAAAGCUCAUUAUUCAUCAAAUAACUCAUACAGGAGAAAAAACCUAUGGCUGCAAUGAUUGUGGGAAAGCUUUUGCAUAUGUGUCUUGCCUGGCAAAGCAUAAGAAAAUACAUACAAGUGAAAAACAGAGAGAUUCUAUAGAAAAACCUGCUGAGAGUGAUAGCUCAUUAUGUACUGGUGGCGUCAUACAGGAGAUAAACUCUGUUGGCACAGUGAUUACUCAAGUGCCCAUAGGGACCUCUCAGACAUCAUCAAACAUUUGUGGGCUUCUAGAAAAUAGGAAUGUCGUCCUUGUGGGACAGCCAGUGGCCAGAUGUGUGCCAGCAGGAGACAACAGAGAAUUUGCACAGGGGAAAAACCUAAUGAGUUCAGUGAAUGUGGUUGUGCCUUCACUCAUCAAUUAUGUCUUAUUUUAUGUCACAGAAAACCCAUCAUUAAAUUGUGAUGAUUCCCUGGGGAUGAGCACGCCUCUGGGUGAGCUAGAGCUCAUGCUGGGCACCUCCAGAGGCUGCUAUGGUGCUGAGUUCACUGAUAGUGAAGUUGCGGUGGUUGCUUUCAAGGCUGCCAGAGUGCUGAAGUGUUACAAGUGGGAACAGAGCAGGAUACAGUGCCCCAAAGCUCUCCUGCGGCAGUUUAAAGGCGGAGAAAUUGGCGCAGAGAGGUGCUGGGGAUGUGGGACGUGCGUCCGAAGUUGGGGCGCCCAGCGCUCGGGGUCGCAGGUGAAAGGUCACGUUUGCGGGUCAUCGCGGAGGUUGCCGAGCAUUUGUCAGUACAAAGGCAGUUUGGGUUCCACGUGGGACUCUGCGGCGGUGGCCCGCGUAGUGGAGGUUUGGGGCUCCGGAGGGGUGCUUGGUCGGCGUCCUAGGAGCCCCGGAGGCGGGGGUGCGGGGAUUGGCGGUCGCGCGGCCCGCCCGCUCGGGGCGCUCGCGGCGGUGGUCGAGUUGAGGCUCCGGCGUGGGCUGCCGAACCUCCCCGGGCUGGGUCUGCGGGCUCCCCAGCCUGGAACAACCAGCCCGGCCCACCUUUCUGUUGUUUAUGAUUUCCUUGUCUCCUUCUUAGCUUUCCCAAAGCCUGUGCACAUGAUAAAGUUGGACGUCUUCAGGCCCCCCGAUGCAGAGCAUUUUCCCCUUUGCUUCAGUACCCGGUCCACAGCAGCAGCACCUGGGCUGUGGGAACUGUGUCGUCAGCUGCCAUUUCUCUUCGUCUCACAGCGAGAACAUUUGAGUGAAGAAAGGCAAGAAGAGGUUCCUGGAUGUGCGGUGCCUCGUUUCCCGGGAUGCCUUUCACCAAAGACUCAGAGUCCUAAAUUAAAAAUUGAGGCAAAUCCAGAAGACACUGCAGACAGAGCAUUUCAGUUACAGGAUGUUUCUGAAGCGGAAGAUGACAACGGCCCAGGUGACUUUCGGUUUUUCAAACAAAUUUCUAUUCUGAGGGGACAGGUUGUGGCAACCCUCAAAUUUGAGCGAGUUGUACAGAAGCACAGACUGGUGUUACAGGAGUCACUGACAUUGGAGGACGUGGCUGUGAGGUUCACCCAGGAGGAAUGGCAGCUCCUGAGCCCUGCUCAGAAGGACCUGUACUGGGAUGUGACGCUGGAGAACUACCGAAGCCUGGUGUCAGUGGAAGUUGAGAAAGCUGAUCAUCUGCAACAGCAAUUGCAAAACCAAAAAAGGCCAAACAGGAUGGAACAGUGUCAUGAACCGAAUGCACCUGGAAAUAGUCAGAGGCGCAAACGUCUUCUUCCCUUAAGUCCAAAUCAUAUGUUUGAUUUACAUGGAAAAGCAUCAAAACCUUAUUUAGCUUUAUCUAACCAGAACAGCAAAUGUUUCAUAAAAGAGCUUGCUGAGUUAAAACUUACUCAGCAUUUGAAAACACAUAUAGGAAAUAAACCCCAUAUUUGCCCUGAAUGUGGGAAAAGUUUUGCCAGGAAAUCACCACUCAUUGUGCAUAUGUGAAUUCAUACGGGAGAGAAACCAUAUUUAUGUAGUGAAUGUGGAAAAGGAUUUAUUCAGAAGGGCAAUCUUUUGAUACAUCAACGAACUCACAUGGGAGAGAAACCCUAAGGAUGUACUGAGUGUGGUAAGGCCUUUAGCCAGAAGGUGUGCCUCAUAGCACAUCAGAGAUACCACACAGGAAGGACACCCUAUGUGUGUACUGAGUGUGGGCAAACCUGUUCCCAGAAGUCGGUGCUUAUUAGACAUCAAAGAAUUCAUACUGGUGAGAAGCCAUACAAAUGCAGCGAUUGUGGGAAAGCCUUCAUUACAAAGGCAAAGCUGAUUACCCAUCAUAGAACUCAUAAAGGAGAGAAACCAUACGGAUGUGAUGAGUGUAAGAAAGCCUACUCUGAUAUGUCUUGCCUUGUUAAACAUAAGAGAACACACAGAAUGGAGAAAUGCACAGAUAUACUGAAGGUGAAUGAUUCUACAGUGAGUGACACAUUUUUGGACAAUAGUAAAUUCAUGCAAGAGAGAAAUCCUGUUAAUAUAACGCAAAUACCUCCAGUGAUCCCUAAUGUGUUAAACAUGAGUGGGCUCCUAGCAAAUAGAAAUGUGGUCCCUGUGGGACAGCCAGUGGUGAGAUGUUCACUCUCAGGAGAAAACAGGGUCUAUACAGAGAGAAAUCUCAUGAAUGUAGUGAAUGUGAUUGUGCCUCCAAUUGUUAAUCAUGUUUUGUUUUAUGUUACAAACGUAGGAAAAAACCUUUGUAUGUGCAAUAUGGAAAAGCCUUGA